AUGAAAAGUUCUCACAGGCCUGAAUUGAGCCAUACACUCUCUCUCAAUAUCCCUUUUGAAAACGAAAGACAAGCAGAAAUAGCGGUAAACGCCCUCUCCCCAGAUCCAAUCCUGAAACCGCAAGAUUUCCACAUCAUAUACACGAAGAAUGCAUCCGACUUAUCGAUCCUUUUCUCUGCAGUCGAUGACAGGGUGCUGCGUGUGGGCGUAAGCAGUAUUAUAGAAAGUGUCAAAACAGUGAUCGAAACCAUUGAUGAGUUGCAAUAA